AGGAGGCAGUGGUUAGCGUCGGGGUAGAGGAUAGCGCGUGGGACGCGCGUGCUCCAUGAGCGGGAGAGCCAGGUCCCGGUCCCCGCGGCCGAUGAACGGCUCGGAGAUUGCGCGCUUAGUGCUGACCCGGGAGCAGGCUCGGCUGGCAAAGGACUGGGCCCAGGCCGACGAGAUCCGCUCGCAGCUGGGGGAAGCUGGGGUGCAGUUAUUUGACAAGACGCAUCAGUGGAAGUGCAGCGACGGCCGGGGCGGCCGCAUCCCAAGCUUCGAUGAGGUGGAGGCCGGAGUUCAGAUCGACGCCCUGGAGGCUCCGGAGAAGCUGAGCCAGGAGAUGCGCGCAGAUGCUCCUGCGGUGGAUGAGAUCAAGCAGCUCAUCACCCAGCGAGAACAUGCGAGGGGCAGCAAGGACUUUGAGCAAGCGGAUCAGAUCCGCAGCCAGCUUCAGGAGAUGGGUGUGGAGCUCUUGGACAAGGAGAAGCUCUGGAAGUGUGCCAGCAAGGGGCUGCAGGGCAUUAUCACUGGCUUCCGCAACAAUGAGCUCAGCGACGUGGAGGUGAGCACACUGGUGGUGCAGCGGGAGAAGGCUCGGAUGGCCAACGACUACGAGCUGUCGGACAUGAUCCGGGAUGAGCUGAAGAGCCGGGGUGUCACCAUCGAAGACAAGCGAAAAAUCUGGACCUGCACGGACGGGCGACAGGGGCCCGUGCCUAGCUGGGCGCAAAUCACAGGAGAGGCGCCUCCGCCCCCUCGUGCGGCCAUCCCGGUGGCGGCUGUGUCUUUGCGUUCUCUGGAGGACGAGCUGGUCUCGCUGGCGGUUGCUGCGGCACGGCAUCCGGAUACGGCUCAGCGGGCGCUGCUUGCCCUGCGCCAGGUCUUUUCCGGAUCUGCGCCCAUCGGCAUGUCAGCGCCUGCCAUGCGGCCCUCCAUGCGCCCGAAGGUGCCGUACAUGGCGAGGAGUAUGUGACGCGCGUUCGGCGGGUUCCGAGCUCGCGGGCUGCGUGG